UUAUAAUUGGUUUUAAUAUUACUCUUAACAUUUUAUUUAAAAAUAAACACAUUACUACAUUUUAAAAUAGUUUUCUUUUUACUCUAUUAUAUAAUAAAAAAUAAAAAGAUCGCAUAUAUUUUACUUCAAACUAUCUUAUUGGGAUUUCUACGUAUUCCCACGAUUUGGAAAUUUCAAUAAUGUAUUUUAUCAAGUGUUAUCAAUAAAAAAAUUAUAUAAAAACAAAAUGAAAAACCAAUUACAAAAAAAAAAAAGAAAUCAGACGAUUUUUUCGUAUUCAGUCCACACACUUUUCAAUUUUUAAUUUGUGAAACGAUUAUAAUUAAGACACUAGCUUGACCCUACAAAAGACCCUGACUCAGUCAUCGUCUCCUUCCCAAAGUCUCUGCUUUCAUCUUACAGUUAGCUCUCAGCCUCAAAUGCUCUAGCUUUCUUGCUAGGUCUCUCUACUUUCUUAUCUCAGAAAUGGAGAAGGAUGAUGUUCCCAUGCUUCCAGUUUCAGACUCAUCAUCGUUAUCUCGUACUAGGCCUUUCACUUCCAGGUCACGUAGCGUUUCCCUCGCAAACACUUCUUCGAUCCUUGAUGGGUUCGACAGCUCGACUGUUGUUUUAGGCUACACAGGUCCUCUUCGAACUCAUAGAAGGCCUCCUUUAGUUCAGAUGAGUGGUCCUCUCUCAUCUACUCGCAGUUCUGAGCCUCUCUUUCUUCCUCCUCCUCCUACUUCCACUCGUGAUGUCUCCUCCUCUCAGCCUGAGAGGUACCCUUCCUUUGCUGCUCUCGAACACAAAAACUCAGAGGAGGAGUUCGUAUUGAAACACGCACAUCUCUUGAGAUCUGGACAGUUGGGUAUGUGUAAUGAUCCUUACUGUACCACUUGUCCUUCUUACUACAACCGGAAAGCUUCCCAAAUCCCUACUUCUAGAGUUUCUGCCAUUUUUGAUUCCACUUUCCAUGAUGCUAAAGGUUGGGCUAGGAGGUUUGCUACAUCUAUUAAUAGACACUUACCAGGAAUCAUGAAUCCUCACUCCAAGUUCGUUCAGAGAUGGACUAAGUUCUUUGCCUUUUCUUGCUUGUUAGCUAUUUUUAUAGAUCCCCUCUUCUUCUUCCUCAUAUUAGUCAAGCAGAACAAUAAUUGCAUUGAGAUUGAUUGGCCGAUGGCUCACACAUUUGUAGCUGUUAGAAGUGUAACAGAUGUUUUGUUCUCUGUAAACAUCCUGCUUCAGUUCCGAUUAGCCUAUGUAGCUCCUGAGUCUACGGUUGUUGGUGCUGGCCAGUUGGUAGACCAUCCAAGAAAAGUUGCUAGUCAUUACUUCCGAGGAAAGUUUUUACUAGAUUUGUUCAUAGUGAUGCCACUUCCACAGAUAUUGAUAUUAUGGAUAAUACCAGCAAACUUAGCCAUAUCUGGGGCAAACUAUGCAAAGAACCUUUUACGUGCUGCAGUUCUUUUCCAAUACAUUCCCAAGUUAUAUAGGCUACUACCACUUCUUGCUGGACAAACACCGACUGGCUUCAUCUUUGAGUCGGCUUGGGCUAAUUUUUUUAUUAAUCUUCUUACCUUCAUGCUUGCUGGUCAUGUCGUUGGCUCUUGUUGGUAUCUUUUUGGUCUGCAGAGAGUUAAUCAAUGCCUUCGAGAUGCUUGCGGUAGUUCUGAUCGUCCAUGCAGAGAGCUUAUAGAUUGUCGUGGUGAAACUAGCGCUUUAUCAGCUGCGUGGAAAGAUAAUGCGAGUGCCCGUGCUUGUUUUCAAGAGGAUGGUUUUCCUUAUGGAAUCUAUUUGAAGGCAGUUAAUCUCACCAAUCAUAAUAGCCUCUUCACAAGAUACAGUUACUCUCUUUUUUGGGGGUUUCAGCAAAUCAGCACGCUUGCUGGAAACCUAAUUCCAAGUUACUUUCUUGGGGAGGUCUUCUUCACCAUGGGCAUUAUCGGAUUGGGGCUUUUGCUUUUCGCUCUUCUUAUUGGUAAUAUGCAGAACUUCCUUCAAUCUCUCGGUCGAAGGAAUUUGGAAAUGACUUUGAGACGGCGUGAUGUGGAGCAAUGGAUGAGGCAUAGACGGUUGCCAGGAGAUAUUAGAAAGAGGGUGCGAGAGGCUGAGCGGUUCAACUGGGCUGCUACCAGAGGAGUUAAUGAAGAAUUGUUGUUUAAGAAUAUGCCUGAUGACCUUCAAAGAGAUAUAAGAAAACACCUCUUCAUAUUUCUCAAGAAGGUGAGGAUAUUUUCGGUGAUGGAUGAACCAAUCUUAGAUGCUAUACGUGAGAGGCUGAAACAAAGGACUUACAUAAGGAGUAGCAUGGUCUUGCACCGCGGAGGUCUAGUUGAGAAAAUGGUAUUCAUAGUGAGAGGUGAGAUAGAGAGCGUUGGAGAAGAUGGUUAUGUUCUACCAUUGUCAGAAGGAGAUGUUUGUGGUGAAGAACUUCUCACUUGGUGCCUCGAACGCUCUUCUGUAAACCCCGGUACAUUCUUUGUUGACUCUAUGUGCUCAUUAACAGACAGACAUAAAACCAUGUCUCAUUCCACUUUGUCAAAAGCAUGCUCAACAAUAACCUGAACCGUAUAUAAUCCUCAUGGAAAACCAGCUGACUUACAUAUCCUUGCGACGCAAUGUGGCUACAAUCUUUUCAUAAUAGGUCAAUGAUAGUAACGCUUAAUAUCUUUGAACUCCUUAUUAUUUCCGAUGGGUAGAGUAACAUAAGUGAUGUGUUUGCUGUAAGAUCCCUUUUCUUAACAGCUUAUCGUCCAACACACAAACUCGGUUUCGAUAUAGGUACGUCCUGCUCAAAGCUGUAUGAUCUCCAAUAUUCUCAAUCUCGAUCUAUUCAACGAAAACCAUAACGCUAACCUGCGCAUGGUGUAUCUUCCAUAGCAAAACUGCAUGCUCCAAUCCUCAAGGCAAUAUGUCUUUCCCUUGACAAUACGACACACAAUUUGAGACUAGCAACUGUCCCAGUAAACUCCUGACCUUCCUUUGUUCCAAAUACGUCGCUCAUAUGCCUACCCAAGACAUUUGUCACCUGGUUGUCCUUACCAGAUGGCAUGCGAUAUCCAAAUUGCAGCCUGCUACAAACUCAUUCCGACUGCACUGCCAAAUUGUAAUUUUUAAUGUGUAGAUAAAUGUCAGACUCUAAUGAUCCCAUAGAAUCUGGACUUCCUUCUCGUACAAUUACGAUCUCCAAAACUAUAACGUAAUUACCACUACAACCUCUCUGGCGUGAUGCAUAUGAAUGACUUAAUCUUCUUACCUCAAUUUAAAUCCAAGCCAGUAUCUGACACAUCAGAGUAAGCCUCAGCCUCUGCAGAACCAAAAUUAGUGUCUUCAUUAGUUGUGCUUCUAUUCAGUGAACUCCUCAAACAAAAAUCUAUCCAACCACACUUAACGUCUUUACAUGUAGACUGUAUCUUCAACAUUACUAUAACGGUGAAACCCUUGAUGAACUUCUAGUAGUACACUGUUAACCCAAAAAGAACGGUAGAUCUCUGUAGUGUUCUUAAGUUUCGACCUUCCCGGAACGGUAUUAAUCUUCUUUGGAUCAAUCAAAAUUUUGCUUCCAAAACCAUGUUACCCAAAAAUUCAACAUUCCUCUGCCAGAAGCUACAAUUCCUCAACGUAGCGAACAACUGAUGCUCUCCAAGCUUAUCCAACGCAAUCCGCGAAAUGCUUAUAAAUCUCCUUUCUACUCCAAAAUAACCAGGAUGUCGUUGAUGAAUACAAUCGCACACCUAUCCAAAUGUUCACGAAAACGUCAUUCAUAUCUUCAUGAAUGCAACGGUGCCUUUGUCGACCCAAAUGGUAUCACUACGAACUCAUAAUAUCCAUAACAGAAAUCUGCAUUCCGUACAUACUCCUCAGCUAUAGCAAACUGAUGGUAUCCUGAUGCCAAGACAAACUUCGAGAACGAUGAACCUCCAUUAAUCUCAUAUAACUACUCAUCAAUACGAUGGUUACCAUGUUCAAGUCUAUGUAGUCGAUACAAAAAUCUGAAACUCCCACCUUUCUUCUUUACAACAACAAUGAUGCUCUCCAUGGUGAUGUAAGCAAUCUGAUAAAUCCCUUAUCAAAGAGUUCCUCCAAUUGCUUUCUCAACUCGGUCAUCCCUGCUCGUGAUAGAUGAUAAGAAACUCGUGAAACCAUUGAUGUUUGCUCCAAACAAUUCGCAAGAGCGUCUCAUGUGUCUUGUAGUGACCGUUCCAAAGGUCACAAAUAUAUCCUCAUACUCUGCAAUAACCGGAAGAUCCUGCAGCUCAUGCUGUCCAUCAUCCUUAACCAUCGAAAUGGUUGCCGAAAAUUUCUUUGUUCUUAUAUUCCAUAACUCCUCAGUAUGUAGCAUGCAUGCAAUAAAAAUUUCAUCUGCUCCAGCAAUAUAAACUCGUGCCUUCAGGCAAUCCAACACUACUCGAUGUCGUGACAACCAAUCCAUCCCAAAAAAAACAAUAACAUCAUAAAACUCUGCUCCAUCUCUCUGAGGGGCUCCAGAUAACUCGACUCCACCAAGCAUAACUGGUGCGACACCAUGAAUAUAAAUAGCUCCCAAUGUCAUAUGUCAGCUAUCCGAACCGGCACAUCCCAAUUCAAAAGCGAUCUCCACGAGUUCACAAGACAAAUAUACCUCCAAAAUAGAUAAUAUACUCGUACACAUGCCAACCAAUGGCUCAUACCUCACAUCACAUAAUCUCCAGUAACAAAACUCGUGGAACGAUUGCUUGAAGUGGGCUGGUGGCAGAAACGUCACAUAUCCACUCCUGGAUAACCUCGAAAUCAUGACCGAAGAAACUGAUAACUCUUGAGAAAACUGAAGAACUUAAACAUCGCCCAACUGCUGAACAUCUGGCGAGAACCCUGUUAGUCGAAGGACGAAUGACGAUGAUUUUACUCAUCGUCAUAGAAAGAGACAUUUGAGUUAGUAAUUAAUGGACAGAAUGGUGCUAAAAGAAUUUCGAAAU